CAAUCACCCCUCUCCACAAAGUGGACGUGGCCAUUUCCCAUCAUUCUAAGGCUGCCAUGACAACCGUGCAAACAUUCACCACCAGAACCAAGAUGGCGUCCUGCGGUCAGCUGUCUCCGGGGAACAACUACAAAUGUCACACCUGUUGGUUUUACUAGUGAAGCACUUCAGAACUCGUCUAGGGACCAGAAACCUUCACACUACACCAAACAACUGGUACAGAACACAAGAACUGCAGCCAUGGCCCUGACAGCAGACCUGGAUCCGGAGUUUUCCGACUUCGGCUUCCAGUGGCUGUUCGAUCCAAACGACCUGGCUUACCUUCCCAUAGAGGAGCAGCUAAAGCACUACAAGCAGAGGCAACUCUUCCCGAAUCACUUCUACCGGGUGGCCUCAAAAUCAUUUGGAUCUCCAUCCUCCCGUAGAAGAGUCAUCAUAGCCCCUCCUAUGAACACAGCAGGCGAUGGUGUUCGGGAACUUAAACAGCCAUUCCAUGCCAGCUUGAAACCCCCUCCUCUGCCAACAAAAACUCUAGAGGAGGAGGUGAGAGAGAUUCAGAAGGAGAUAGCGAUCAGGGAACAGGAGUGUAAAGAGUGGGUGGCAAAGCGACAGACUCUGAGGCAAGACCUGAACAAGUUGGGCCUGAAUCAGUCCUGGCUGGCGAGGAAACCCGACCGGACGGGACUGGAGAGCCGGGUGCUGGGUCAGCUGAAGGUGUCGGACAGACAGAGGCAGCAAGUGCUGGCAGAGCAAGCAGAGGACAAACAGGUAACGAAACCAAAAGUAAAGGAACAGCGAGUGUACAGCCCUCCCCCCAUGGUGUCCUCCCCAUCACCGGAGGCCAUGAGGGUCAUCGAUAAGUAUGUCAGAGAACACAAGUUACGUCUGCUGGACUUCUUCAUGCGCUUUGACAAGAACAAGCAGUGGCUGGUCAGCAGGGAGGACUUUAAAAAAGUCAUCAAGCUGACGGGUGUGCCGAUCAGUGAUCACCAGCUGGAGGACCUGAUGGUGAUGCUGGACCAGGAUGGGAACGAGGGGAUCGACUACCGGGAGCUGGUGCAGGGGCGGUCCAAACUGCACGAUGAGGAGUGGGAGGAGCUCAGGAGUCAGGCCACCUCUCGACUCACCAGAUCUGAGGAAAACCUGGCGGCAGGGAAACACGAAACUUCACGAGCCGGCAAGAAAAGGUCAACCUCAGCCGGGCACUCUGUCAGGGUGCACCAUGCAACAUCGCACAAAACUUCUGAGAAGCUGGCCCAGGAGUCAGGACCGGGCUCCCGUAGAUCGCUGGUCUCUAGUUCUUCCUCACUGUUGGAGGUCCCACCAGUGGAUACGGCUGAGGCUGUGCCUCUCUCCAGUGAAGUGUUGUUGGAGAGAAGGAAAAGGGAGAAACAGUGGGAGAAAAAGGAGAGGCAGAAAAAGAAGAAACGGCAGCAGGAGCUUGAGGAGGCCGUGCGACUGAUCCGGACAGGAAACGUUGCCGUUGACAACCACUCCCUACCCUCCUCCAUGGCAGGGGAGAUGGGAGCAGCAGUGGAUAGGUACCGGCAGCAGAGACUGAGGGAGUACAACCAGAUCUGUAGGCUGUGCAAGGAGCAGGGCGUGGCGCUGACACCAACUUUGUUAGAGAGAGUGCUGCUCCACCCCGGUGACCGGCUGCCCACCAGCUGUACUGCUGGCCUGCGCCAGCCGGGUCUGAACCUGCUGUCCGAGGACUGGAACCGGUCACCAGCUGCCACCAAGAAGGCCAAGAAGGAGGAAAAGGCAGUCAAGCAUCAAGGCGAUCAUGUGGGGUACCAGACAAACAAUGAUGAUUGUUAA